AUGCUGGAAGACAGUGUGGUUCUUGUUAUGGCCGACAAAGGUUAUGCUGUUGUUAAGCGGAAUUUCUGCGGAUUCGAAUGGCAAACUGAAGUCAAAGACAGUAAAGAUCAUGCGGAAAUCAUCUUAUCAUGCAAUCGUGGCGUAGAAGGUAGUUCGUGGCAGUGUACAGCUGAUAUCACUGUUCAUAUCCCAGGAGUCAGCAAGGUUGUAAGCGCAUUCCAUAGUAAACAUCGUUCAACUGCUAUCGCUGUACCCCGCACUGAGUUGGGAAACGAUAUCAAAAUCACUAUUGGAUUGCAAGAUGUUUCAGGCUACAGAGACGUUGCGAUGUUUGAGCAUGAUUUCACAAGAGCUUCUGAGCUGACAAACGCUUGCAUCACCUUCGAGAACAGCGAUACCCGCGUUUAUGUCAUUCGAGAAGUUCGUAACAGUCAGUAUCUUCAGCUUGGAAGCAUGAUUAAUUCUUUCAGUAUCUUUUGCUCAACACGGAGAUUUGCAACAUUGUUGACGCGAAUGGUACCGUCGCGCGAGAGUACGCCUGUUUUUACCUCAAGCAAAUCCGAAUGUAGCGAUUUGGAUGUUUUGAGCUCGCGAACUACUUUGACUGAUCCAUUGUGUACUGAAGAUGGUGAGGUCGCAAAUAUUAUGUCUUUGCAAGAUGACGAUGUGACGACGUCGCCUUCAACCGUGUGUCAAGAAGAUGGGAUAUAUCUGUUGAGAGGUGUCAGCGCUGGAGACUUUAUUACUCUUCUGAAAGCCAUUCACCCACCAUUUGCAGAAGUCACUAACGAAAAUGUGGAAAGCCUGCUUGCGACAGCUUUUCGCUUGGGUGUGGAACAUAUCAUUUGGAAAUGUGAAACUUUUCUUAGAACUGAGGGAGCUCGGCGAUCGUUUGAUGUCUUCGGUAGAUUCGUCUUUGCCAUCACCUACAAAAUGUCUGCUCUUGAGAACGACUGCCUGGCAGCGCUGCAGAGUGUCAACGACGUUCGCACGAUGCUGACGGAUUCUCGUAUGGAGAGCGCUCCUCAAGAACUUCGAACACUUCUUUUGGAGACGUUGUUUCAGCGUCUCAACUCUGAAACGUGUCCAGCUACCCUCAAAGCUAAGAUGGUAUCUGAGUCUUCGCAGACUUGUUUUUGUUUAUCUGGAUCAGCAAAUGACGCGGAAGUUGCUUCUACAGAGAAUGGCCCUCACUUGUGUGAAGGUAUGGCUCGAAGGGAAUUUGAGCAGGAGGAGAUACAAGGAAGAGGAAAAAUGUCUUUAAAUACGCAAGAGAAGGCCGCUGAGGAUGUAGACAAGAUUGCGAACGACGCAUGUGCAACCAGUUCACAAUUGGAUCAGCUUCCAAACGAGGUUGAUACGAAGUGCAGUAAACAAACUAACGAAAGGCGAAUCUCCGUAGCACGCAGAAGAAAAGCAAGAAAGCGUAACCCAGAAUGCAAGCCAGAAUAUAACGAUUUUCCAGAGCUGUUUGUAUGUGAAACACUCAAUGUACACAAAUUCUCGAAGAAGUUCCACACUAUAUGGUAUGGUGCUAAAUAUAUAUUCUUCUCAGCACACGAUAUAUUUGUCGACCUCGUGCUUCCACCUACCAAAUCCUUGGGAACCGUGGUCUCAUCGUUCGCAUCCCAUUUUUUUACAAAAAUUUACAAUAGUUGGCUGUCAAGAGCAUACUUUUCGGAGGAGCCGCAAAGAAUUCCGUUUUCUAUGAUAGAAAUAAUAUCAAGGAGUAUUAUUGUUGGCUGCGAGUUUGAUGUGCAGUUGUAUGGUAAUAACUUGCUCUUUGAUAAGCUCAAAGCGUAUUUGAAGAAGCAACUUCUUGACUAUGAGCAUGUUAGCAUGAGCCGCUAA